UUCCCACGCGUAUCGACCCGAACGACUGCGAUUGUAUCUGCAUUGUUGUUUUCGGUGGCUUUUUGAUUUUGUUUUCGUGUUUUGGCGACACCCUUCUGGUUUUGGAUUGUGUCUCUGCUCUGGCAAUGCGAGGAUCACAGUUUCUUGUGCAAUCGUGACCUGAUCAUCGAUGUUUUGUGGGGGUUUUAGCAUAUUCUGUCGGUUGAUGUUAUGUGGAGAGGCCAAAUGUGGGGUCUGAGUUGCCCGUUUAAUUUAUGUUUUUUUUUUUCGGCACACUGGACGUAAAAAUCGAGGAGAGAAUGUUCUGCGAUUUGUGUUGAUCAGUCUGAUGAUUUUAAUGUAAUUCUGGGUUGGCGUGCUUUAUUGGCUCGAUUAUUCACUUGGGGGGGGGGUUUGGCUUUUAUAUUCCUUCGAUUUUGUCUUUGUUGGAUUUGACGGAUGGUUGCCUGAUUAGUCCUGCUUUGGUUUAUGUUGAAUUUUCCCUUAAUUCUUUGUUUCAGUGUCAGCUAAUACGACGACUAGUAUUUUUUUUUUUUAUAUUUUCUUCUUGUCAAGACUCCUCACUGCAUUGGAGAAACGACAGAAAGGCGUGAUUAUUUGAAAAUGCUCUCUUCAUGGAUGCUCUCGCUUGCUUGUAAAUCUCUGCAUUUGCUGCAAAGGAAUUUUCGGACUUUGUGAAGCUGCAAAUGGAGGAAGGCAAGAAUGAAAUAGAGUUCGAUGAGUUUGAGAAGCUUCUAGCUCGCUGCCUAUACUUGUCAAUUCAUGCAGAGGGCCUUCGAGUGAGAAAUAUUCAACUAAUGGGGGUCUGCACGUAUCGAUGAAUGAAGUUCAGCGGCCACUUGUCAAAACUGCUCAGAUGGAGGGAAGGAAGCUGCCAGAUGACCAAUCCUUCAUAUCUGCUUUUGCAGACUUGAGCUUUUCCAAUGGACUGACAUCAGAAGCUGUUAAUCAUCCUUUGACUAAUUGUUUAUCCUUGCCAAAUGAUGCCAUUUGCUCUGGAAGCCAGUACCCUAUCAACUUAAGGUUUCAUGAUCUGGCCGGAGAGUCCCUAUGUAACAAUGUAUGGCAAUCAGAAGAUGGUGGCUUUUAUGGUUCUAACAAGUAUCGUAGCACAGAGUUUGGCAAACAGAAUGCAAAUUUAGUAGAAGUUAAUGGCGAAGUUCACAGUGGGCGACAAUUCGGUACUUACCAGCCAAUUGAAAAUUAUGCUGCUGCAGUGCCAAUCAGCGGAGGGGUUUCUUUCAUACCAAAUGUACCUAUCCAGACCCAAGAGUUUCCCAUGAUUCCUAAUAAGCCGCACUAUUUCACUAAUCAGCAAUCUCAGUUCUCUUCCUUCUAUUCACCACGACAAAUCCAAGAGUCUCAGUUUCCUUGCAGAAAUGUAGAGGAGGAACACUUCCACAGUAUGCAUCAGCAACACCUGUAUCUCCAGCACUUGUAUAGCCAUCAGUUUGAUUCUCAGCAUGCUGUGCAAGAUAAUGCCUAUUUCACCACUAGGGUAGUGAAUCAAAAUGCCAGUCAAUCCCAUUAUGAGAUGCCAGUGGCUCACUUACUCGAACAAUCUAAGCAGGGACCAUUUUUGCGCUCAUGUGGAAAUUCGCAAUGUAAGCAACCCCGUGUCGAGUUUUCUUCUGGAGAUGUCCAUACCGUGCAAAACUUUGGAAGAAUCUCCCAACAGGUUGUGCCUGAAAAGAUUCUAACAAGGUCAUGUGGCCUAAAUGCAUUAAGAGCUUUGAAAUUUGGCUCUGUUCGAGGAAAUGAAUUACUAAGCCACAUCAGCCGGAGUGGAAGAGUUAAUUUGAAUGGUCAACACUUGCACAACCUGUGCAAUCCUAGUACAGGAUGUUUACGAUCAGAGAGUUUGAACCAAUGGGGUUCCUUCCCUGAUACAGCCAGUCUUAGAAGUGCUGAUCUGAGGCUGCAGAGGUGUAACAGUCUGGAUGAAGUCAGCGGAAGAAUAUAUCUCAUGGCCAAGGACCAAAAUGGUUGCCGCUUUCUCCAAAAGAAGUUCUCCGAGGGAACAAGAAAGGAUGUUGAGCAGAUAUUUUCUGAGGUCAUUGACCACAUAGUCGAGCUGAUGACAGAUCCUUUUGGCAAUUACCUAGUCCAGAAGCUGCUGGAAGUGUGUGAUGAGGAUCAGAGAAUGCGAAUACUUCAUGUUAUCACUAGGAGACCGGGUGAUCUGAUUCACAUUUCAUGUGAUAUGCAUGGGACUCGAGUUGUUCAAAAGGUUCUUGAGACCCUUAAAACUGCAGAGGAGUUCUCUGUUGUGGUUUCUGCCCUAAAACCUGGUAUAGUAACUUUAAUGAAAAACACAAAUGGGAAUCAUGUCGCUCAGCACUGUCUACGCUACUUACCGCUGGAAUACAAAGAGUUUCUGUUUCAAGCUGCAGCUGCUAAUUGUCUCGAGCUGGCUACAGACCGCCAUGGCUGUUGUGUGCUUCAGAAGUGCCUCGGUCAUUCUGGUGGUGAGCAGAAAUGCCAUCUGAUCUGUGGGAUCACAUCCAAUGCUCUAAUCCUUUCACAGGAUCAAUUUGGGAACUAUGUAGUGCAAUUUGUUUUUGAGCUUCACGUGCCCCAUGCAACGAGAGAUAUACUUGACCAAUUGGAUGGCAAUUACGGAGACUUGUCCAUGCAGAAAUAUAGCAGCAACGUUGUGGAGAAAUGUCUGAAAUUUGCAGGUGAAGAACAUCGCACUCGCAUUAUCGAAGAGUUGAUGGAUGAUCCUCGGUUAGCUCAGAUCAUGCAAGACCCUUUUGGCAACUUUGUCAUCCAAGCUGCACUUGAAAAAUCAAAGGGAGCUCUUAAAGCUGCAUUUGUGGAUGCUGUAAGGCCCCACGUUCCUGUGCUUCGGACAAACCCGUAUGGCAAGAAAGUCCUCUCAUGCCCCUCCUUGAAGAACUAUCGGUGGUAUGAUUGACUGAGAAAUCCGCAAGCUCUGGUAGGAGCGCAGAACAAGAGCUUGCGAUCAACUUGGCACGUCUCAUUUCAAGAAUUUUGUAACCUUCAAUUAGGACUUUGAGAAAGAGAUAUGUUACAAGCAUUGUAAAGCAACAGCUGGAAUUUUUUGUUGUUCCGUAGUCCAUACACAUCUUUUCUAAGUAUAAGUUUGGUCGGACUCCUGUGAAGCUGAGCUUCUAGCACGGUUCCAGCGUAGAUCAGCAGUUUUUGCACAGAAAAAUAAGGAAUUGUAAAGGUGUAGAGUACCUUCAAAAGCUUAUGCAGGGCGGAGCUCUGUUCUUUUGAUCUAGCGGCUUCCGUGCCCUAGACCUAUGUUGAUCUCUGUACAUGCUAUGUUGGCAUCAUUCUGUGACAGAUCGUUGUUCAUUUAA